AUUAGAUUGCACGCGUCCUUCGUCUUCAUCUCCGUUAGCAUCGACAGCAAGCAGGUUGGUUUUGAUAGCUAUCGCCUACUUCUAUGCCCUACUUUUGCUUUAACGUUAAGGUAAGGCGGUAAAAGACUUGGGAAUUGUUUUGAAGUCGCCAUAAUGUUGGGUUCAUUACCGAUACUGCCUCUGCCUGCUCCUCCCUCUGAUGGAAAUCUAGGUCCUCGCCCUGAGGCUCAAUUGCCUGAGGAGAGGGAGGAUGAAAAAUCGUCUAGCGAGGAGCAGACCAAAUCGAAUUCUACAUCAAUUGCUACCCACACUAGAACUAUUGGAAUCAUACAUCCCCCUCCAGACAUUAGAACUAUUGUUGAUAAAACAGCCCAGUUCGUUGCAAAAAACGGUCCUGAAUUUGAGAAAAGGAUCAUUGCAAAUAACACUGGCAAUGUCAAGUUCAAUUUCCUGAAUUCAUCGGAUCCCUAUCAUGCAUAUUAUCAACAUCGACUAGCGGAAUUUCGUGCCCAAAACCAAUCUUCCACCCAGCAAUCUCCUUUGCAGCCUAUAGAUUCAGCUUUGUCUGAAUCAACCUUCUCUGCGCCAGCCUCUGACAGUAAUGAUGCUGCAGCAGCACCUACAGCAACAAUAAAGCCUGACCCCUCCUCUCAAUUUAAGCCUGUAAGGAAAGUACUUGAACCCCCUGAAGCUGAGCAGUAUACAGUUCGGCUUCCUGAAGGGAUUACAGGGGAAGAGCUGGAUAUUAUAAAGCUCACCGCACAAUUUGUGGCUCGAAAUGGAAAAUCAUUCUUGACAGGGUUGACUAGUAGGGAGGUUAAUAAUCCUCAAUUCCAUUUCUUGAAACCAACCCACAGCAUGUUUACAUUCUUCACUUCCCUUGCGGACGCGUAUUCUAAGGUUUUGAUGCCUCCGAAGGGGUUGACAGAGAAGCUGAGGAAAAGCAUUUCUGACAUGACUACUGUCCUUGAACGGUGUGUGAACAGGCUGGAAUGGGAGCGAUCACAGGAGCAAGCUCGGCAAAAGGCUGAGGAUGAAAUAGAGCAGGAAAGGAUUCAAAUGGCGAUGAUAGAUUGGCAUGAUUUUGUUGUGGUUGAAACAAUAGAUUUUGCUGAUGAUGAGGAUAAGGAGCUGCCUCCCCCGAUGACUCUUGAGGAGGUUAUAAGGAGAAGCAAGGUUUCAGCCAUGGAAGAAGAUAUAGUUGAACCUGAAAAGGAAGUUGAAAUGGAAAUGGAUGAGGAAGAGGCCCAACUUGUUCAAGAGGGCAUGAGGGCAGCUAGUUUGGAAGAUAAUGAUGAUGGUAAGAAAGGUGGGGUCAAUGUUACAGAGGAGCCUGAGCCACCUAUGAGGAUUGUCAAAAACUGGAAAAGACCAGAGGAAAGGAUUCCUGCAGAAAGAGAUCCGACAAAAUUUGUUGUUUCCCCAAUUACUGGUGAGUUAAUUCCAAUUAAUGAAAUGUCUGAACAUAUGCGAAUUUCUCUCAUUGAUCCCAAGUUCAAAGAACAAAAGGAAAGGAUGUUUGCCAAAAUUCGUGAGACAAUGCUGGCUCAGGAUGAUGAAAUCUCAAGAAACAUUGUUGGACUUGCACGGACCCGUCCUGAUAUCUUUGGUACUACUGAAGAGGAGGUCUCCAAUGCUGUCAAGGCAGAAAUUGAAAAGAAGAAAGAUGAGCAACCUAAGCAGGUUAUAUGGGAUGGUCACACUGGUAGCAUAGGACGAACUGCGAACCAAGCCAUGUCACAGAGUUUGGGUGGUGAGGAUCCAAAUAAUGUUGCUAAUAAUGAAGCUAGAAACCUUCCUGGCCCUGCCGCACCUCCUCCUAGGCCUGGUAUGCCUUCAAUUCGUCCUCUUCCACCACCGCCUGGACUUGCAUUGAAUCUUCCCCGUGUUCCACCCCCCACAGUUCAGUAUCCUCCCCCAACCAGUGGUGGUCUUUCAGUGCCUCCUCCAAGACCUCCGGUACCCAUUAUGCCAUCUUUUCAUCCUGCUUCUCAUCCAGUGCCAGUCACUUCUGGGCAGCAAGCAUUCAUGUCCAGUCAACCACCUCCGUUGCCUUCAGUUUCUGUCAAUGGACCGGGGAUGCCUGUUCCUCCACCCCCAGGUUCUCAAUUCACUCCUGUUUCAAUUCCUCGACCGUAUGCCUCUCUUCCUAUCCCUCCACCUGGGAUGCCUAUGAUGCCUCCACCACCUUUGCCUCAAGGAAUGCCACCCCCGCCGCCACCUGAGGAAGCUCCUCCUCCGCUUCCAGAAGAACCAGAGCCAAAGAAACAGAAGCUUGAUGAUUCAGCUCUUAUCCCAGAAGAUCAGUUUCUGGCUCAACAUCCGGGACCAGUUCGUAUCUGUAUAUCAAUUCCUAAUAUUGAUGAAGGAAAUCUCAGAGGACAAGUUCUGGAGAGCAUGCAAUCUCUGUCUGAAACUGUUGGCAGUCUGAAGGAGAAAAUUGCUGGGGAGAUUCAACUCCCUGCUAACAAACAGAAAUUGAGUGGAAAACCUGGCUUUCUCAAGGAUAAUAUGUCACUUGCUUAUUACAAUGUUGGAGGAGGGGAGGUGCUCUCUCUCACAUUAAGAGAGCGUGGUGGUAGGAGGAGAUGAGUUCAUACUUGCCCAUCCGUUCGAGGUUGUUGUUGGAGCUUUUGCCUCACUAUGGGCAUAUGAUUUCUCAUAAUAUUCAUAAACUCUAUGAUGCUUUAUUAAUGUUGGUGACUUUAUGUGUAUUCUAGUAUCAGCAAGCUUUCAGGAUCUUAUAAUUGUUUGGCAAGAUUGAUGUUAACUGUGAAAUGCUGAUUUGGCAACCUAGGCCUCAUCUUUUGAGAGCAGUGGGAAGUAAUGCAGUUCCUUUUAUAUGAUUAAGUCAAUACUUACACCAUUAAUUAUUAUUUUCUUCUGGAUUUCAGUUGAUUUCUUGCAGAUUUACUAGUUUGUUUCUGCUCGAACUCUUCUGCAAUCAGGGAGGGGCCAUGUAGAUUCUUGUUUUUCUUUGGUCUUGCUCAUUUUUAGUGUUGUUUCAAAUUUGAAUGGGAAGCAGUGAUUUAGGUUUUUCUUCUCUUCUAGUGUUUAGGUCUUCUUAUAUUGGAUAUGCUCUUACACCAGCACAGUUAAUUGGUUGGUUUGGUUGGAGGAUCCUUUAGGUGCUGAGCUUAUGCACCUUUAGCUGGUGCAUUAUGUUUGGGCUUAAUAGGACAUUUUACAUCGACUUAUGGGAAGGCUGUUCCGCUUAGCUGAUUUAUCUGUGAAUGGGAUGAGGAAGCAUAGAGCAGGUUUGGUGUCGUCAUUUGGAGGGUAUUUUUGAAAAAUUAUGAGCAAGAUUACUUUCUGCUUUACUUGGUUUAGCUGACUUGAUUAUUUUAGAUCUUAAAUCUUGUUCUGCUAAUAUUUAUUGAGAUUCACUUUGUCUUUCUACUGGGUUGAUUCAUAGCUCUUGAAUUCUUAAGAGAGUCAGUAUGAUCCAUUAGAGCCACUUGUUUGUCUUUUUAUACUUCUCCGUAAGUAUGUGAUUACUUCUCCCGUUGGGUCUCAAGUGAUCAUUCUUUUGUCUCCUUGCAUUAACCAACUUUUGUGGUGGAAGCAGAAGACCACUGCAUUGAUGGCUGAAGGAUAAAGAAUAACGCAAGUGAUACAAAACAGAAAUAGAAGGGAAUGAAUUAUUUCUAUGCAUAUUGACCUGCGACUGUUGCAUUAUAUAUAGAGAAAAUCAAGCCUGAUCAAUCAUUACUGAUUUGAAUCAAACUGUUCGACUAACUGAUUUUGAGCUGAUAGGUAAACAACUCUUCUAAUCCCAAAGUUGGCCAUUCAUUUCCUACUUUUGACUUACCGUUCCUCUGGCAUUUCUUGCUCCCGAGCACCAUCUUUUGGACAGCUUUUAUUAUAUUUUUGUAGCAAAGGUUACAAAUAGACUAGGAAACCAAGAUGCUGAGUUUUAUGUCAUCUCCAACCGAUUUAUUAUUUGUCUGACCAUAUUUGGGGCUUAGUUUCUACCUUUUCAGUUCUCACAUGAACAGUUAAUCUUGCAGUGACCAUUUGCUGUUUUGGGAAUGACAUACAUUUGACUUAAUGCGUGAUCUCAGAGGCAUGAAUUUAUGGGACCUUUUGUCUUUGCUAGUUUUGGGUCCAUGUCAAUAUUCACUCGUCUUAUAUGCAUGGAGUCUCAAUUUUCCUGUGGCAUGUCUGUUUCAGUGUCGCUAUAUCGUUUCUUCUUGGAAUGUGAUGCCACUGGUAACGCUACUGAUAGAAGUAGUGAAAUAGUGGGUUCGGUUGUAAUGUUUUUGGAUUGAUCAGAAUGACAUUUGAGCUAUUCGUGAUAAAA